AGAAGUUCAAGAUCAUCAUCUUGAGUCCAUGACGCUUUCGAUUUGAAACUGAAAAAAAAGAAAAGAAAUUUAAUUGUAAACUCAUCUGCCCAUCAUCGCUCUCAAGUUUGACAAGUUCAACUUUAAUUUUACAAACUCCCCCUUUCACGCUUUGAUUUAGUAAAUCCUCAUCAUCAUCAUCGUCAUCGUCAUCGUCAUCGUCAAGAUCUACCAAUUAAUCUCUAAAAUCAUUUCUAUAUAAAAACUCUUCUUUUCCUUUCCUGAUCUUUCAAACCACCAUUUUCUGAUUUUUGAAUAACAACCUUGAUCAGUUUAUCAUGUCUGAAUUCAACCUCUGUUCUACCUAUUCUACUAAGAAUCAAGCUGAACUCAUUGUUGAUGCUAUCCUCUUCGAUAUGGAUGGUACUCUGGUCGAUUCAAUUGCUGCUGUGGAAUCAGCCUGGGGUGCAGUAGCUGAAGCCUUGAAGAAAGAUCCUCAAGAAGUCAUUGAUGCUACUCAUGGUCGUCGUGCGAUUGAUAAUCUUAAAGACCUUAAACCUCAUCUUCGUAGAUUGUCAAAUGUGGAGAUGGAACCACAUGUGGAAGAGUUUGAAACGGAGAUCUUAAGACAGGCUGAUGACUUUCAAACCAAAGUUCGAUCUCGUCGUUCGAGUGCGGCUAGUAGCAAGCGAGCAAGUCGUGAGAACAGUCGACGUGGAUCAAUGGCUACACACGACAAGAGCGCUGUGAGACGUAAAUCAAGCUUGAAUCAGUCCAUCACUGCUGAUGGGGUGACGAGUCGAAUGGCUGCACUCGGACUCAAGCCUCUCACUUCUGCCCCCAUCAAUGGGUCUAAGUCCCCCUCUAGAGGUGCAAAUGGAGCCGUCUCACCCGCUCCAGUUGCUCAUGAGACUUCUGAAACGGUUGACGAGGACGUCUUUGCUGAAGAUGACGACGACGAAGACUCUAUCAAGACAGACAAUGAAGAGGUUGACGUCUCUGAUUUGACGGACAAGUCAGUAAGGAUCCUUCCAGGUGUUCGAAGGAUCAUUGACGCCUUACCCGAAGGUCGCUAUGCCGUUGCGACUUCAGGAGCCAAGACGUAUUGUUACGGAGCCCUCAAGCGGGUAGGUAUAGUACCACCCAAGGUCACCAUCACUGCGGAUGAUCCGCGUCUUAAAGGUGGAAAACCAUUGCCCGAUCCAUUUAUAUUGGCAGCAGAGUGUUUGGGAUUUGAUCCUGCGAAAUGCUUAGUGAUCGAAGACUCUCCCUCAGGCAUUAUAGCAGGAGUAGCCAGUGGAGCCAAGACGAUUGCUGUUUGCACUUCUCACCCUCAUGAAAGAAUUUCACAUUGUGGAGCGCAUUGGUUGAUUCCUACACUUGAAUUGGUUCAGAUUGAAGUUUUGGAAGAUGGUCGAUUGAAAGUCUUUGUGGAUGCUAGUGCGAAAGAAGUGGAUGCGGCUCAUCAAACGGCUAUCAAGAGUAGUGCUCCUCCUAAACUUUUUUUUGAGAAUCGAUCAGUGGCUAGUGCUACUCAAGAGAAAUCUAAGUAGAACUUAUAUUAGAAAUCAUCUACUCUUGAUUGUAUGGAUUGAAUUGAGUUAAUUUUUCUUUUUCUUUUUCUUUUUCUAUAUAUGCAUAUACAUUUAAAAGAUGUAACAGGUCUUCUUUGUUUUCAAUUUGUGAUUUGGUGUUUUGAUUUGCAGUGUUAUGAUCAAACCCAUAGGUUUAGAUGAUUGUUAUUUUUUUGGUAUUGUAUUGGAAUCGAGUUCCAAGAAAGGAUGUCGUGUU